CUCUGCGUCUGCUCGAUACCAGGCUAGGAGUGGACAUUGAACGGACACUCAGACUCGAAGGCAUGCUCGCUCGCCUCAGUCGCUCUGCUCGUGCUGUAGGAACGCGUCAAUCCCUGUCCCUCCGGCCUUCAGUACCUCAGGCGAACCUCGAGUGUCUCCGCAUACUUCCAGUUCAUGACGGACGCGUGAUCUCGUCGUGUUCCGCGAAACGGUAUCCAACGAACUCGGUGGCGCGCAAAGCGGAGGAAGAGGACCAUGAUGCGGAUGUCAAACCCGCAGAGGACUUGAACACAGUUGGGCUUCAUGAACAACAAAAUGAACAUGCUGUCAUAUCGACGUUCGAUUUGUUCAGCAUUGGGGUGGGCCCCAGCUCUUCGCACACUGUGGGACCUAUGAGAGCUGGGAAAAUCUUUAUUAACGACUUGAUUGAGAUGGGUUUGCUGGAUAAGGUUAAGACUGUUAAGAUUACCCUAUAUGGUUCACUGGCUGCUACAGGAAAGGGACACCACACCCCACAAGCUAUUUUACUUGGACUGGAGGGAUCAGAUCCAGAAACCAUAGACACGGGUACCAUACCUACACGGUACGCCGCAAUCCUCGAGAAUAAGAGCCUCACGCUCGGUGGGAGGCACCGCAUUGUGUAUGAUCCUGAGCGUGACAUGCUGUGGCGCUGGAACCAGGUGCUGAAGACUCACCCGAAUGGCAUGCGGUUUUCCGUCUUCGAUGCAGACGGCAAUCUGCUGGCAACCAACGAGUAUUUCAGCGUUGGAGGCGGUUUCGUUGUCAACGACAAGACGAAGGUUGACGAGAACCUAUUCUACAAGGGUGUGGACAAGAGCGCCGUGCACGGCGCGCGUCUGCAUCAAUCACAUAGUCUGUCAGACAAUCAAUGGGGUGACUCGCCUCCAGAAAAUGAUCCUUGCCAACCCCCCUACCCAUUCGUCUCCGGGGAAAGUCUGUUAGCACUAACAAGAAAGCACAAUAUGACGAUCGCACAAAUUGUGUAUGACAAUGAACGCCAUUUCGGCUAUUCCGACGAGGAUAUUCAUCAGAAGCUGAUGCGGAUAUGGGCCGUCAUGGACGACUGCAUUCGUAUGGGUGUCUCAUCCUCGGAGACUAAACUUCCUGGAAGGCUCCAGCUUCGUCGACGUGCACCCAUUCUCUAUCGACGACUCAUGAGAGGGUUCUAUCCAGGUCUAUCCUCUGCGUCUCUGCCAUCAAUUGGCGCAGGGUCAAUGGAGUCUGCGGGCAGGAUUGAUGCACCCGAAGGUGAUGCGGGCGCCGAGGAAGCCAAUGCCGGUGAGGGAGAAUGGAGCGGGAAGUCCAACGGGGGCCCUCCUGCUUCCCGUGCGACACGCGUUGUGGGUCGGCCUGAACAUGCUGUCCUACCCAUGGCUCCUCGCAAGACAAUGAUCCCUGCAAUGGACUUCCUCUCCUGCUAUGCAAUCGCAGUCAAUGAGGUGAACGCAAGCGGAGGCAGGAUCGUCACAUCGCCGACGAACGGCGCAGCUGGCGUCAUCCCAGCUGUGCUGAAGUACAUCGUAGAGUUUAUCAGCGAUGAUCCAGAGAAAUCCGUCGUCACGUUUUUAUUGACUGCUGCAGCCGUUGGCAUGUUGUUCAAGAGAGGCAGUACAAUAUCGGCCGCAGAAGGAGGUUGCCAGGCUGAGGUAGGAGUUGCAUGUUCCAUGGCUAGUGCUGGCUUUGCUGCUUGCAUGGGUGCUUCUCCGGAGACCGUACUGCAGGCCGCAGAGAUUGGUAUCGAGCAUAACCUUGGCCUGACCUGUGAUCCGAUUGACGGUCUUGUUCAAGUCCCUUGCAUCGAGCGGAACAGUUUGGGAGCCGUGAAGGCUGUGACCGCCGCUCAGCUCUCCAUGGCGAGCCAGAACGUUUACAGCGUCACGCUCGACGAAGCCAUUGAGGCGAUGCGGCUGACUGCUGCUGACAUGAGCGUGAAAUACAAGGAGACUAGCCUUUCGGGCCUCGCGCGCACCGUCAAGAUCCCACUGACUGUUCCCGCCUGUUAGAUCAAACAGCAACCUACGAGCGCGCUCCUGGUUCAACGCCACGCGGAUCCGCUUUCGUGUUUUCUAGAGUUCCCUAUGGACUAGAAUGCUACGGACAAGCUAUUGGUCACCAUAGAGUCCCCCUAGAGUAAUAGAUUAUGCAGAAUGUCGUUGUCAAUACCUUGGUACUAUGUGCAUACCUUACCGGUCAUACAUCCUUAUCUCCCUUUC